AUGGAGGUGGCACUGCUUUCGAUGGUGUUGUGCCCUGGCUUCCUCGGCAUCGUGCAGCUCCUGGACUGGUUCGAGCUGCCCGACGGCUUUGCCCUGGUCAUGGAGCAUCUGGAGCACUGCUGGGACCUCUGGCACCUGCUGCGCACAGCGGGGUUCCUGCCAGAGCCCGUGGCGCGGAGCGUGUUCCGCCAGGUGCUGCAGGCCGUGCUGCACUGCACCAGCUGCGGCGUGCUGCACUGCGACAUCAAGCCACAGAACAUCCUCGUUGACCUGGCCACGAGCGAGGAAAAGCUGAUCGACUUCGGUGUCAGCACCAUCCUGCAGGACACCUUGUACACCCGGAUGGCAGGUGAGCCCAAAGCCGGGGCCCAGCCGGGCAGCGGAGCUUCUCCCCUUUGCUGGCACAGGGGGAAGAUGAAGGGAGGGAGGGGGAAUCCUUCUUCAGCCGGCUGCAGCCAAGUUGCUUUUUGGGAGCAGCAUCGGCCUGAUGAGCUGUGCCCGUGUCUCUUAGGAACGCGGAGGUACUACCCGCCGGAGUGGAUCUCUUACAGAUGCUACCACGGCCAGCCAGCCACCAUCUGGACCCUGGGCAUCCUGGUCUAUCAGCUGGUGUGCAGGCACCAUCCCUUCAAAACCAGAGAAGACAUCGUCCGGGGCCAGCUCUCCUUCCCGCCCCAGGUGUCUCAAGAGUGCCAGCACCUCAUCAGGUGGUGCUUAUCCCUGGACCCUGCAGACAGGCCAUGCCUGGAAGACCUUUUUGAGCAUCCUUGGCUGCAGCAGCCCCACCUGACCCAGGAGACAGCAGAGAUCCAUCCCUCUGCACAGUAGGAUCCAGGAGCCCAGCACGUCCCAGCUGCUGGCAUCUCAUGGCGCUCCAAGAAAUGCCCAGAGCGAUUCCCUGCAGCUGCGGCACGGAGCAGAGAGCACGGCCGAGGAGAUGCUUCCGCGGGUCCCCAGCGAGUUGUGGAGGGAGCAGGCUCAGGGCUCCCCAUCCUAUUGGAGAAGUCGUGGCACAGGGCGGUGAAGUCGCCACGGACUGGAGAAGGGGAAACAUCCCCCUGCAGCUCAAUGGCAUCAUGAUGUCCCUGCAAGCCAAGGCACAGCUGGCGUCUUCUUCUGCGGCACGACGCGGAGCCGAAGAACGUCCUGGAGCUGGCCGCUGGCAGGACAAAGCCGAUGGGCUUUGCUUGCAGCCCCUUCCUGGAGGACACGCUCUGCACUCCAACGAAAUCAAGAUGAGUCCCCAGCCGGCGCAGGGAGUGGGGGGAUGCUCGUGCUUCCAGGCACGGCAGGGCUCAGCCUGGCCAUGCGCCGGAGGUUCCCCGCUCGGCAGCAAUGGGGAAUAUGAAUCUCUCCACCGCCUGUCCAGCUGCUUUUUGGCAGCACAGGGGACAGAUGCUGUGGAAGGGGAGCCGGCUCCCGGCCUCGCUGACAGCUUCUGCCAGCAUGCCUGGCGCGGCUGGGGUGGGGGCAGCCAGCCUGACAAAAGCAUCCAUCCCUGUGGAUGGGGAGCAGCAGAGGGGGACGGGUUCUGCAGCCAUGCCCCAGCUGCUCUGCUUUGCAGGCCCUUGAGGAAGGGAAGGGUUUAUGGGUGGGAAAGGUGGGGUUUUUCCCCAGGUUUCAUUCUCACAUGGAGUGGUCAGACCCUCCCCAGGCCUGUGAAAUGAUGAUAACCUUUGGCGUUUUUUUUCAUUUCCAGGUCAUGUUUUGAACUGACUUUCAUGCAUUUGUUCUUUGUUUUUUUCAGGAAGAUUGCACCUUGUGCCCAGACUGGAUGAGGAAGCGCCGGCACUGUCCGUGGAGUUCUGUCCAGUGCCGGUGCUACCCCGGAGGAGCCACGGUGUGUGGUGACAUCCCCUUCAAGAAGGACGAGGACCUCGUGUGGCAUCGGCUCCUCUCCUGGCAGCAGGUCUCCAGAGGUGGGUGCCCGGUUCCAGAGCACAGGUGGCAGAAGGCCUUGGGGCAGACGGCAGCGGGCACACGAGAAUCUCGCUCCUGCGGCUGCUGAGGAGGCUGCUGU